UGGUAGCGUAUCCUCGUCCCUAGGUUCCUCCAAGCACGAAGUCCACUGAAGGUACGGAUCCAGGGAUCGCUCAAAAAUGUACGGAGCAGGACUGUUGUCACUCUGAAAGUAGAUGUCGGGCGAGAGAUCGUCCGCCAAUUGCACGAUCGGUGCGAUGAGUUCCUGUGCAAUCAACUGACGGCGACCCGGUUGUACCGAUCCAAAGAGGAAUCCAAUAAGAUCUCCUUCCGCGUUAGUCCUCCAACCCUAUAUGAUCAACAGCUCCGGAUUCUCGAUCGACGUGGGAUGCUCGCUAGUGCCCGUCCACGUCACCUGUACUCUGGCCAAGCAAAAGGACAGCUCCUCAAAAGUUUCGCGCCACAAUCGCCAAUGUCCAGGAAUGAUAAGAGGGACUUAAAGAGGCUCGAACGAGAAGGAAAGAGAAGGGUGACGAUCGGAUUGCCAGAAGGUGGGGAAGACAGAGGGGAGACCAAAGGUAGAGAGAGGAGCGAGACGAACAGCGUGGUUCAUUGGGGAUGGGGGAAGGGGACGAUGGUGGGGGUCGCAACUGGCCGCCCGCGCGAUGAUCGGCGAAUACCGUCCAGGUCCGAUGCGAAGAUCGAGAUGAUGUUAUACCCCUCCCGGGUGAGGACGUGCUACCACACGUUGGACACUUGCUCCGUCCACUCGCGCAGCAAGGCCAAGAUCGCGGUAUGCCGCAGCGGAUUGACCAAGCUGAUGUCGCCGUUGAAUGUCAAGAACCCGCUCCGUGAUAAAACUCAUGGCGAGGUCGGAGAGGAGGACGAAGGACAAGAGGGAGAAAGACGGGAGAAAGUUAGAUCGUCGUCGUUCUCCUCGCUUUCCGAGGAAGAAGAGGGAGGACGAUCGGAAGGAGGAAGAAGACGGAGGUAGGAGGGGUAGACCUCGAUGUACUUGGAAAAGUGGUCAAUUAACACUAAUAAAAUAGAAUAUUCACAGCGGUUGAUGAAGAGACCCCCAGGGCGUCGGUGCUCCGCCGCAGGAGGGACAACUCCGAACUUAUGCUUUCGGGGCCAGACCGGCUGGCCCUAUCGACAGCCUUGUGUCAUCCGAGG